UGACAUGGCCAUUUAUAUAAAAAUCGUCAAAUAAUAAGACAUUUUUAGUUCCAACUUUUUUGGUUCAGUGUUCUGCUGGCAAAGCCCUCGUCCACAUAACACUGAAGCCGAGUAAUAAUAAAUGUCAAAACGUUGACUAAGUAAGCUCGGUAGGUUACCGCUAAAGAAGACGACUUGUUCCACACACGGAGUUCAACGUUUGAACGCCACGCCCUUUCAGACCACGCCGUCUCCCCUCUUCUAUAAAUUCAGUCUCUUCCCCCCAAUUCUCUUCUCAACGACCAAAGCUCCCAUCUUCAGAUCUUCUGAAACCAAAAGCAAGAACAAAAUCCCAACUUUCCCUCUCCCUCUCUCCUCCUCCCUUACAGCGUCGCCGGUAAGAGAAGAUGUGUUUCGAAGCUUCAAGUAUGGCGAUGGAGAAAUACUCCUCUUUCAGCAAAAGCUCCAAGCAGUUUCUCCUCUCUGCUCCUGUUGAGAGUAGUAACAGUAGUUCUGAUAAAUGCUGUAAUGGCAGAGCAGCGAAGUGCGAGCUUGUGGACUACGAUUCACUGCCGGAGUUCCUAAAGGACAACGAGUACAUCCUCAGCUACUACCGCUCUGAAUGGCCUCUCAAGCAAACCAUACUCAGCGUCUUCUCCAUUCACAAUGAGACUCUCAACAUCUGGACGCAUUUGAUUGGUUUCUUCAUCUUCCUCAUGCUCACUGGCUAUGCUGCAUCGAUCUUCCCGGCGGUCAGCAAUGCUGAUGCUCAGUUGCAACUCAGUGCUGCGGGCAAUUCUUCAAACAUCUUUUACAUCCACAGAGCAAAUCAAACAACAGAGCCGACAGCGUCUUCCUCGUCGCAGCUGAUAGGAUCUGAGCUCCCCCGUUGGCCGUUCUAUCUUUAUCUUGCCGGAGCCAUGUUCUGCUUGCUGAUGAGCAGCGCCUGCCACCUCCUCUCCUGCCACUGUUCAAAAACAAGCUACAUCAUGCUGCGACUCGACUUCGCCGGAAUCUCCGGCCUCAUCGUCUCCUCCUUCUACCCUCUCGUCUACUACACCUUCACCUGCAAUCCCUUCUUCCGAGACCUCUACCUCGCCUCCAUCACUUUCUUCGGCCUCGCUACCGUAGUCGUCUCCCUCAUGCCUGUGUUCGAUUCCCCGCAGUUCCGGCCGGUCAGGGCGGUGCUGUUCGCGUGUAUGGCGGCAUCAGGGAUGGUGCCCAUCGCGCACAAGAUGAUGGCUUUCGGACACAGGCCGGAGGCGAUGCUGACAACAGGGUAUGAGAUGCUGAUGGGGAUGUUUUAUUUGGUCGGCGUGGUGGUCUAUGCGGCGAGAGUGCCAGAACGGUGGUUGCCGGGGAAGUUCGACCUCGCCGGACACAGCCACCAGCUAUUCCAUGUGUUGGUGGUUGCAGGGGCUUACACGCACUAUCUGGCUAGCCUGGUCUAUCUUGGCUGGCGAGAGACCGAAGGAUGCUAGCCAAGAUUUGAUUUUGGACCUUUAGCUGCGACCUUCCGAAACGGACUGCGCAUUCAAUGCGUCGAGGAAGAAGACGAAGAAAAAGCGUAUGGAGUCGUAGC